AUGCAGCUAGCAGAAGGCCAGGUCACCCUGAGGACGCCCCUCUUGCUACUUGGGCUCUGGGUGGCACUGUCUCCAGUCCAGUGUUCUCAAGGUCGUCCCUCAUGGCGCUACAUCUCCUCUGAGGUGGUGAUUCCCAGGAAGGAGACGCACCGUGGCAGAGGUGUCCCCAUGCUAGGCUGGCUCUCCUACAGUCUGCACUUUGGGGGCCAGAGACACGUCAUCCACAUGCGGCGUAAGAAACUGUUUUGGCCCAGACAUCUGCUGCUGAUGACUCAGGAUGACCAAGGAGCCUUGCAGAUCGAUGACCCCUUUGUCCCUCUGGACUGUUACUACCUCGGUUACCUGGAGAAGGUUCCUCUUUCCAUGGUCACCAUGGACACAUGCUGUGGAGGUCUGGAAGGCAUUAUGAAGUUGGAUGACCUCGCCUAUGAAAUCAAACCCCUCAAGGAUUCCCAAAGGUUUGAACAUGUUGUUUCUCAGAUAGUAGCAGACACCAACGCAACAGGACCCACGUACAGAUUGGGAUUCAAGGAAGACAAGGAGCCCUUGUUCUCUCAAGCAAACGCUAGUGCAGCCUCCAGGAUCAGCAGUAAACUCUACGCAUCCCAUAGGGCAAAUAUGAAAGGCUGUAUCAUAGCUGCACAUUCAAUUUACACUCUGUUCCGCAAUAUGUCACAGUGUGCCCACUACCUGAGGAGUAUGGGCAGUUUGUUGAACUCCAUGUACAAAAGUCUUGACAUAAGGUACUACAUCGGCAUCAUGGUCAUUUAUCAUGACAGAGAGCCAACCACCAUGAGUUACUAUCGGGUGCCAGGGAGCCCGUUUUUUAAGUACUAUGAACGCGUCAUUUACCAACCUCUUCUUCCACACUCAGCCUUAGUUAUGAUUAGAUCUGGGCCGCAUGAACGUUAUUUUUCUCCAGUAUUUCAAAGUAUAUGCGACAAUCAAAAUCUUGUCAUGCUGGGUCAUCUGGGCAGACAUUAUUUAUUGUUAGCUAUUAUAGGAGCGCAUCAGAUCGGGAGAACUAUCGGUCUGCAUUAUGAUACAAACACUUGUGUUUGCCAGAGAAGGACCACCUGCAUCAUGAACAGGUACCCUGUGCUGACAGAUGUCUUCAGUAACUGCUCCUUCUUACACUUGCAAAACAUCCUUGGGGACUUCCCAUCAUGCAUGUACAUGACUGACAUCGUGUAUACAAACAGGACCAUGACAGUCGCUCAGUGUGGAGACAACGUCGUGGACGAAAACGAGCAGUGUGACUGCGGCUCCUUCAAGCACUGUUAUAGCAACGCCUGCUGUAACAGUGACUGCAGUCUGACAGCUGGGAGCGCCUGUGAUGCUGGCAGAUGCUGCACAAAUUGCACCUACUCCCCUGCUGGGACGCUGUGCAGACCCAUCCAGAAUGUCUGUGAUCUGCCUGAGUACUGCCUGGGGAGCACCUUCACGUGCCCUGAAAAUGUCUAUCUGCAAGAUGGGACCCCGUGCACGGAAGAGGGCUACUGCUAUCAUGGCAACUGCACCGACCGCACCAUGCAUUGCCGAGAGAUCUUUGGUGAAGGGGCACUGCAGGGUCCAGACAUCUGCUAUAAUAUAAACAGAAAAGGCCACCGAUUCGGACACUGUAGGAAAGACGCUGUGGCUUUCAAACCUGAGCCUUGCAAUGAACGAGACAUCACGUGUGGACGACUGCAGUGUACCAAUGUCACGCAUCUGCCCCGGUUGCAGGAACACGUUGGAUUCCAUCAGUCUCUGAUAUCAGGGGUCUUGUGUUUUGGGGUGGACUUGCACCGUGGGACAGAGACAACUGACAUUGGACAUGUGAGACCUGGUACCCCCUGUGGCUUUGGAAAAUUCUGUCUUAAUACAUACUGCACUGGUACUAUGGCUGAAAUAAUAUAUGACUGUGAGCCUUCAAAAUGCAAUCUCAGAGGAGUUUGCAACAAUCGAAAAAACUGCCAUUGCCAUGUAGGCUGGGAACCUCCAGACUGCAUACUAACAGGUGCCGGUGGGAGUGUCAACAGUGGACCCCCUCCAAGAAGAAUGCGGUCGGUAUCACAAAAUAUUGGAUUAGUGGUGUAUUUCAGAGUGGUCGUUGGUCGUAUGUAUACCUUCGUAGCUGCAAUCCUCUUUGGAUUGGCCACAAAUGUGAGAACUAUCAAGAUCACUGUAGUCACAGCAGAGACGGUGGGAACGAAAUAA